CAUGUGUGAAGAAUAAUCGUGAGGAGCCAAAAGAGAGAGGUUUCUCACGCACGUGUUCUUUGUGUUUGGGCUCAGGACCCAUACUACAGGUUUAACGAUGAAGCUUACCGAUGGGUUGGGUUGGACAACUGGACCUACACUCGGACAUUCACCCUACCCCCUGACGUGAGGAAGUGGAAGAGAGUAAAUCUGGUGUGUGAUGGGCUGGACACUGUGGCCACAAUCCUUCUCAACAAUGUCACCCUUGGCACAGCCAGUAACAUGUUCCGCAGAUAUACUUUUGAUUCUACUGACGUGAUCAAAGAAAGGAACUACAUUGAGGUGCGUUUUGUAUCAGCGGUUUUGUAUGCAGCGGAGCGGAAUGCUGCACACAGCCAGUACUCAGUGCCCCCUGACUGCCCACCACCUCAGCAAAAUGGAGAAUGCCAUGUCAACUUCAUCAGAAAGGAACAGUCUUCUUUCAGCUGGGACUGGGGACCAUCCUUUCCUACUCAAGGCAUUUGGAAAGAUAUAAGGAUUGAGAUGUACGAAAUUUGCCACUUGACCUAUCUCACCGCAACUUCUGUUUAUGAUGAGACAAGACAGAGGUGGUCUGUGGAAAUAGAGAGUUUUUAUGAUGUAGUUUCCUCUCAGCUGAUCAAAGGCGAAUUGACUGCCAGCAUUCCAUCUCUACACACACAUCAAACGUACAAAAUAAGUCUGGGCAAGGGAGAAUACAGUAGAAUUAAAGUCAGACUCAACCUUAAUCAGAAUGCUUCUGUUGAUCCUUGGUGGCCCCAUGGUCACGGCAACCAGACAGGUUACAACAUGACGGUCACUGUCACAAUCGGAGGAGAACGUCUCAUUGAAAAGUCCUCCACGGUCUACUUCAGGACAGUGGAGCUGAUACAAGAACCUGUGCCUGGCUCUCCCGGACUCAGCUUUUAUUUUAAGAUAAAUGGGCUCCCAAUCUUCAUCAAAGGUUCAAACUGGAUUCCUGCAGAUGCCUUUUUGGAAAGAGUGACGUUUGAUGUAUUACAGAACUUGCUGCAGUCCACAGUCGAUGCCAACAUGAAUGCAUUGAGGGUGUGGGGCGGAGGCGUAUACGAACAGGAUGCAUUUUAUGAACUUUGUGAUAAACUGGGGAUUAUGAUUUGGCAAGAUUUCAUGUUUGCUUGUGCACUUUAUCCAACUGACAAAAGUUUCCUUGCUUCAGUUGAGGAAGAAAUUAUUCAUCAGGUCCGUCGAUUGAAGUCCCAUCCAUCCAUCAUAAUCUGGAGUGGAAACAAUGAAAACGAGGCAGCACUGGCUACAAACUGGUUCCACGUUUCCCUGUCAAACAUCAGCCUGUACUUGGAUGACUAUGUACAACUCUACAUCAGUACUAUUAGAGAAACUGUACUUAAGGAGGACAGAAACCGUCCGUACAUCACCUCGAGCCCCACUAAUGGGAAGGAGUCCAUUCAGGAGCAUUGGGUUGCCAGGAACCCCUACGAUGUCCAUUAUGGUGACGUUCACUAUUAUAGCUACGACACUGACUGCUGGGACUGGACAUACUUCCCGAAGCCGAGAUUUGCAUCAGAGUACGGCUUCCAGUCUUGGCCCUCCUUCUCGACGCUGGAGAAGGUUUCUGCUGCUGAAGACUGGAGUUUCAACAGUUCUUUUGUCGAUCACCGGCAGCAUCAGGUUGCUGGCAACAAGUUAUUGUUGAACCAAAUCCAGCUCCACUUUCAACUUCCACAGGCAGAGGAUCCCUUGCAAAACUUCCAAAGUACAAUUUACCUUUCUCAGGUGAUGCAGGCCGAGUGUAUAAAAGCACAGACAGAAUUCUACCGCCGGAGCCAGAGCGAGGUGGUUGACGGGCAAGGAUUGACGAUGGGCACCUUGUACUGGCAGCUCAACGAUAUCUGGCAGGCCCCUUCCUGGGCCUCCAUCGAGUACGGAGGUAAAUGGAAGAUGCUUCAUUACUUUGCACGUAACUUCUUUGCUCCAGUUUUGCCAGUUGCUUUUGAAGACGAUGGGUCACUGAUCAUCUACGGAAUUUCCGAUCAGUCCAUGGACCUUCAACUUGUUCUUCAGGUGCGGGUUUACCAGUGGAGCAGUCUGGAGCCAGUGUGUGCUCACACCACUGAACCCUUCACGCUGAAGGGCAGCAGUGCAGCUCCUGUGUACAAGGCUGUGACUGCCACCCUGCUGCAGCGCUGCAGUUGCAGCCGCGAUCGUUGCGUGGUCGCAUUCCAUCUCGAGGACCAGGGGCAGCAGCGGGGACCGGUGAACUACCACCUGCUCACUUCCCUAAAGGAUGCUCACACUCUGAGAGCACCACACAUUAACGCCAGUGUGAGUGAGCAUGGCGGUGUGUACAGCGUCUCCCUGCACUCCUCCAGCAUCGCCCCUUACGUCUGGCUGGAUGUGGGUAACAUACCUGGACGCUUCAGUGACAACGCCUUCCUCAUGCUGCAACAUAACAAGGUGCUGACCUUCCUCCCUCGUCGACCCACCUCCACCUCACUGCUCCAGGCAGCUCUCACCAUACGCACCCUGCAUGGCCCCACACUGACCACACACUGACCACACAACCCCCCACACACACAUCCCCCCCACACACACCCCCCCACACACACUGACCAGGACAUUCGCUGAUGGUUGGUGAACGACCCAUCAUGGCUCCAGGAUCAAGGGUGCUCCUGAUGGUUGUAGUCAUGUGGACAAUGCCGGUCUUCACGCCAGAUGGAGAUGACAGCCCAUUAAUCUGGCCGUUUCACCCGAGAGACGAGUGCAUGUGACACCAACACGGGAUCAGAAAAUCAACACAGAAACUUAUAAACUCAGGAUCUCUUUAUAAAUUGAAUACAUUUGGAUUUGACUUUGCCAGGAUGACAGACUCCCUCUCCUCUGAGUAAACGUGAUAUGAUGACAUUCCUCUCCCAGCGCUGUUUCUCUGGCGCGUGUUUUGUGCUGAGCUAUGUCCUGUCUGUUGCUGAAUUGCUGCUCACGUCACCAGCCCCUGCCUCUGGUUAGGGCGUUUGCUCACACCAGUCCUUGUGCCUGACCUCUGGGUCACCUAACACACUUCCCACAUCACCCAUCUCCGCACCUCCUCUUCUUCUUGCGUAUGGCGUGCACAGCCUAAAGUUGUACGACAACUUGUUCUAUUUGAUCUUAUUUGAUUGUGCACGCCGGGUUGAUUGCAUUCGUCGAAACAGGGCGGACCACGUGAAGGUUGCAAUCUCCUGCACCUCCUCACCUUUCAAAUCAAACUCAUUGUUGAAAUGGCAAUAUUUAAUUGAAAAAUACUGGGGAACAAUUUGUUUUCGUAUAUCAACACUUGUCCUGCAAAUCUAUGUUUAUCUCCAGAAUGCACUGAUUAAAUGUAUACAUAUGGAGCAUCACAGUGUGAAAAAGACCGUUGAUUAAAAUGGAAGGAAUGAACCGA